ACAAAUAUACCCUGCCGUCGAACCCGCCAAUGUACACACCACCUGCUUCUACCUUCCUCUGUCUUCACACAGGGCCUCGGAACACAUAACCCCCUUCGCGACCCCUCCUCGACUUUGCCCACCCCUUUUACCCCGCCCUCCUCGUCCAAGCUACCCCACAUGAUUCGCAGACAGAGCGCAAAGGGAGAGUGGAUCCCCACUGACGGCCACUGGCCCGUCGAUCCUCAAGGCCAUGUCCCCGUCGACGACAACCGUGUCUGGGUCGAUGGCUGCUUCGACUUUAGCCACCACGGACAUGCUGGCGCCAUGCUGCAGGCCCGCCAGUUGGGCACCGAGCUCCUCGUGGGCGUGCAUUCGGACGAAGCGAUCCUCGAGAACAAGGGUCCCACGGUGAUGCGCAUGGACGAGCGCGUCAUGGCCGUCGAAGCCUGCCGUUGGGCCACGCGCGCGAUCCCAAAGGCCCCCUAUGUCACCUCGCUGCCCUGGAUCACCCACUACGGCUGCCAGUACGUCGUUCACGGCGACGAUAUCACCUCGGACAGCAAUGGUCAAGACUGCUACCGAUACGUCAAGGCAGCAGGAAGAUUCAAAGUGGUAAAGCGCACUCCUGGUAUCUCCACCACCGAUCUCGUUGGGCGCAUGCUGCUCUGCACCAAGACGCAUUUUAUACCCUCGCUCGAGAAACGAUUGUCUGGCGACGAAGGGCCUGGGGGAGACGAAGAGCGCAAAGAGACCGGCGCAGCCAUGCUGCAGCGUAUAAAGGACUAUGCCACCGAUUCGACCGGUCUUGCUCCGGGCUGCGACGUCUGGUACUGGCACGCAUCGCGGCCGGCAAAGUAUCGUAGGACCACACAAAGUUCUGCCGCGGAGCGGAGACCGAGCGCAAGCGGGCCUUUUCCCUUGUCGCCCACGUCGCCCACCACCAACCAGGCCGUCAGGGAGGAAAAGGGCAAGUUUCACAAACUCGUCGAUGGCAAAGGCGUGAAACCUGGCCAGUCGGUCAUCUACGUUGAUGGCGGCUGGGAUCUCUUCUCCUCGGGUCACAUUGAAUUCUUGCGACAAGUCACACAAACGGAAGAGGACGCCGCGAAAGAGCGUGGAUGGUACACGGAAGAGGCCAAGAAGGAGCGUGUGGAGAGCACUGGGGAGGACUACAGCCCUGUUUUCAUGGUUGCGGGGAUUCACGACGACGAGGUCAUCAACCACUGGAAAGGCAUCAACUACCCCAUCAUGAACAUUUUCGAGCGUGGACUGUGUGUGCUGCAGUGCAAGUACAUCAACGCCAUCAUCUUCGGGUCGCCCUUCUCCCUCUCCAAAGCCUUCCUUUUAACUCUUCCCUAUGGCGGAGCCCCCGCGCGCGUCUACCAUGGCGUCACGUCCUUCAUGCCGCUCAAUUACGACUCCUACUCAUGCGCCAAGCAGCUUAACAUCUACCGUGAGAUCGCCAACCAUAACUUCCAAAACGUGAAUGCCGGGGAAAUCGUGAGUCGGAUUAUGAAGGGUCGAGCUCUAUAUGAGGAGAGGCAACGCAUGAAGGGUGAGAAGGGCGUGACUGAGGAGGCGGAGCGGCGGAGACAGGAUAUGGAGAGAGAACAACGGAGGCGGGAGGUCGAGGGGCAGUUUGGCAUCUAGACACGUUGCUCCGUGCGAGGAUUUCCUGCUCUAUUCCACUCGUGCAUACCAAAAGUACAUAUAUCGAUAUUCAAGCAUGCGAACGAAUCAAUAAACACAUGCAUACUCUGAUCCAGUGCGCGGCGUUAAUGCACUAGCGUCUUUCUUAACCCCGCCCGCGUCCGUGAAAUUCUAAUAAUCUCGAGGCUUUAGAUGUCUCUACCUUUCAAUUCAACCUUCGCUCUCUUCAACGCCCCAGCCAACAUGAACCACUCCUCCGCUCACGAGGGCGAUACCGCUCUUGCCCUCGCUACUCUUGUACCCUACUCCAGCGACGG